GGUUGGGUAGCCUCGGAUAUUGAGACUGAAAAAGCCUAAAAUAAAACUCCAAGAAAUCUGAAACUCGUGGCCACACACUCUCCCUCUGCAAAUAUUUGUACGAACCAAUAGGCUGGUUAAGGUUAGGAGGAGUUGAAGCGGGAAUAUGGCAGUUCCCAUAUUCAGGGCUUCUGUACCUCACUCUCGUCCAGCUAUCACUAUCCAUUCCCUUGGUCCUUCUCUCCCCACCUUACAUGAAACUUCAAAGAACAGAAGGUUGCUCUUUUGCGCUCCUUCGGAACAUAAUCCAGUCCGGCCUACUUUGUCAUUUUGUGUUGGUGUACACCUUAUUCCACACCCCAGCAAGGUUGACCGAGGUGGGGAAGAUGCUUUCUUUGUGAGUAGCUACAAAGGAGGAGCUCUUGCUGUUGCUGAUGGUGUUUCUGGUUGGGCAGAACAGAAUGUAGAUCCAUCAAUGUUCCCGCAGGAACUAAUGACUAAUUUUUCGGAUUUAGUGGAGGAUGAAGAGGUUAACAGUGAUCCACAAAUUCUCAUUAGGAAAGCACAUGCUGCUACCUCCUCUAUAGGUUCUGCAACAGUCAUUGUCGCCAUAUUGGAGAGGAAUGGAAUUUUGAAGAUUGCCAAUGUUGGGGAUUGUGGGCUAAGGGUUAUCCGUGCAGGUCGAGUAGUUUUUUCUUCCAUUCCACAAGAACAUUAUUUUGACUGUCCCUAUCAACUGAGCUCAGAGGUCAUUAGUCAAACAUACCUUGACGCCAAGGUUAGUAGCAUGGAGUUAAUAGAAGGAGACACCAUAAUAAUGGGUUCCGAUGGACUUUUCGAUAAUGUCUUUGAUCAUGAAAUGAUUUCAACAUUGGCCCAAUUCAAAGAUGUCGUCGAGGCUGCAAAGGCAUUAGCUAAUCUGGCAAGCGUUCAUGCAAAGGACUCUGACUUUGAUUCUCCAUACGCAUUGGAGGCCAGAUCCAGGGGAUUUGAUAUUCCCUGGUGGAAGAAAAUUCUUGGGAGGAAACUUACAGGUGGAAAGCUUGAUGACAUUACUGUGAUUGUUGGGCAAGUCGUGAGCUCUUGAAACUUCAAAAGUUGAAAAAUGGUAUAUGGAGACAAGUGACAAAUAACACUAGUACUUGAUAAACCUCAAAAGUUGUUAAUCUACAGGAUCACUACGCCAAAAAGCUCAACAAUGAAUUCUUUUUCAAACUGCCCUACAUAAACUCCUAAAGAUUCUGUAAAGAAAUUACAAUAUACAUCACCUAUUUGACCAUCCUUUUCCAUACUGUCUCUAGCGUUGUACCAAUUAAUACAUGUUUAUCAUAGGUAAAUUGUGUUUCUAUAAACUCAAUCAAGUAGUCACAACAAAAGUACUUUGCCUUAA